AUGAUCCAAUCAUCCCUCCUCGGCGGCCUCGUCGCCGCUGCUGCUGUCCAGGCCGCGCAGCCCGGCGCUGUGAAGCCCGUCGCGGCGCCCAUGCGAGACCUAACCUGGGGGCAGAUCAACUUUCUACACACGACAGACACUCAUUCCUGGGUCAGCGGGCAUUUCCUAGAGCCCUCCUUUUCCGCCGACUGGGGCGACUACGUCUCCUUCUCCCAGCACAUGCGCAAGCUGGCCGACGACAAAGGCGCCGACCUCCUCCUCAUCGACACCGGCGACCGCAUCGAAGGCAGUGGCAUCUACGACAGCUCCACCCCAAAGGGCCUCUAUCAGUACGACAUCUUUGCCCAGCAAAAGAUUGACAUUCUCAGCACCGGUAAUCAUGAGCUGUACAAGGCCUAUUCCAUCGACAUGGAGCACAACACCACUGUGCCCAACUUUAAAGAAAACUAUGUCGCAUCGAAUCUAGACUACAUCGAUCCCAAGAGUGGCAAGCGGAUUCCUCAGGCCCAGAGGUAUCGCAAAUUCAAGACCAAGAACCUGGGCCUCAACAUUGUGUCCUUUGGCUUCAUAUUUGAUUUUGACCUCAAUGCCAACAACAGCGUCGUCCAAAAGGUGGCCGACACUGUCAAGGAGGGAUGGUUCCAGGAUGCCAUCAAGGAAAAGCCCGAUCUCUUUGUCGUCGUUGGCCAUGUUGGUGUGCGGAUGGAAGAGUUCAAAACCAUCUUCACAGCGAUCCGCAAGGAGGACUGGGAUACGCCCAUUGCAUUUUUUGGCGGCCACUUGCAUAUACGGGACGCGGUGAGCUAUGACUCCAAAUCACUUGCCAUUGCCUCUGGCCGCUACCUCGAGACCAUUGGCUGGAUGUCCAUUGAUGGGAUCGCCAAGAAGCAUCCCAAGGAUGGUGACGAGGAUGGUGACAAGGACGGAGACAACACUGAGGUAGAGAUUAAGAAGGGCCCCUCUUUCACUCGCAAGUACUUGGACAACAAUCUCCUCGGAAUGUACUAUCACACCGGCUUGAAUGAGACAUCCUUUCCCACCAAGGAGGGCCAAAAAGUCAGCAAGAUGAUUGAAGAGGCCCGCAAGAGCCUAAACCUCGGCCAUCGAUAUGGCUGCGCGCCCCGAGACUUGUGGAUGACCAGGGCACCGUACCCCAGCAAAGACAGCAUCUUCAGCUGGCUCGAGGAAGAUGUACUCCCCGACAUCGUGACCAGCAAGGACAGGAAGGAUAAGCCUCGGCUGGCCAUUGUGAACACGGGCGGCGUCCGCUUCGACAUCUUCAAGGGUCCGUUUACGCGUGACGAUACCUUCACCGUGAGCCCGUUCAAUAGUGGCUUCCAAUUUGUCCCCGAUGUGCCCUAUGAUAUUGCCAAAAAGGUCCUUGGCCUUCUCAACAGUGAAACAAGGAUCUUUGUCAAUGGGUUGCCGAACACGAGACAGUUGACUAUUCCGCAACUGAUGUACCCGCGUCCCACCUUUGAUAGCGUAGACGAAACUGAAACCGUUGAUCACGUUGACGAAGAUGCGGACGAGACGGAAGCUCGCCUUGAACUCCGUGGGGUCGAUACCUCGGACGGAAAUGACGAUCUCUUUGGCGGCUACACGACCAAGGACGACAUUGGCAAGGACGGUGAUGAUACCGUGCACAAGCCAAUAGACUUUUAUGCCGUGCCCAACUGCAUCCAGGCCAAAAUUGGCUUCUCGGCCGAGGAAGAGCCCAAGACGGUGGACUUUGUCUUCCUCGACUUUCUGCAGCCAUGGAUCAUCCCUGCCCUCAAGUUUAGCGGCGGCGACUAUAACGCCAAGGAUAUAGAGCCGUAUAUGGACGGGACCCUGACGUCCAAGUUGGCCGAGUGGAUUGGCGACAACUGGAAGGAGGAAUGUUAG